ACCUAUUUAUAGUAACAUGGGAACAUACUAAGUUACCUUAAAAGCAACGAAAGUGUACGCACAUAAAAUGGGCCUACUGCAGUCGAGAACGAUCUCUUCCAUAACUAUAUUGCAUAUAUCAGCAAAGGGAAUUUUACUUGACGAUGACGAUGAUGAAAAUGGUUUUGCUGGUGUUAUUUCAGAUACAAACGAGAUCCCGCAGUCCCAGAAAAUCAAACCGACGCAGACGAAGAAUCGCACGGGCGCGUACGUAUGGCGCGUGAACGACCUGAACAAGCUGACGAGGUUCAUAUUCCUCGGCUCAGACAACUCCUUCUGCUACAAGGCGACCAACAUCGAGCCCAAGAGAGAGGACGCACAAUGCAUUGACCGGUUGAUAGCUGACGGCCGUGGUGAGGAGGUAGUGAAACUGAUACUGAGCAUAAGUCUUGAAGGCAGGGCGGCGAGACAGAACCCAACAAUCUUCGCCCUGGCCCUCUGCGCCCGCUCCAAUGACGCGAAAACAAAGAAGGCGGCCUACGAAGCGUUCCACAAAAUCUGCCGCAUCCCGACACAUCUGUUUAUGUUCGUCCGAUACUGCGAGCAGGAGUCGAAUGGCACCGGGUGGGGACGCGCUCACCGCAACAACAUCAUCAAGUGGUACGUUAACAAGUGCCAGAAUCCAGUCGGCUUGUGCAGACUUGUUACCAAGUACCGACAUCGCGAGGGUUUCACGCACUGCGACGUGCUUCGGCUUGCGCAUCCAAAGCCUAAAGACAAUGUCACGGUUGUAGUUUACAAGUAUCUGACAAAGGGUUACAAGAAGUUGGAGAAAUAUCUGGCAGAGAAUCCAGGCGUCAAGGAUGAUGAAAAUGCGUCAAAGAUGUUGGAAUACUUAACAGCUGUGGAAAGGGCGAAAACGUGCACUGAUGAAGACGAUAUCAUUGAGUUUAUUGAAAAGUUCGGUCUUGAAAGAGAACAUAUGCCGACACAGUUGUUGAACUCGUCCAAGGUUUGGGAAGCUCUUAUCAAGAACCUUAAAAUGGAGGCCACUAUCCGGAACCUGGGAAAGAUUACCUCCCUUGGUCUUUGCCAGCCCAAGUCGUGGGUGGAGCGAGCGCUUGUAGAGCGCCUGGCUGACGAGGAGCUACUGAAAAAGUCGCGAACACACCCGUUUAAGGUGUUGUUGGCCCUGAAUACGUACAAGGCAGGAAAAGGGGACAAAGGUCACCUCACCUGGAUCCCCAAUGACGCUGUAUUGAAAGCCCUGGACGAUGCAUACUACACGUGCUUCAAGGCGGUGGAACCAACCGGAAAGAGAUUCCUCCUCGCCAUCGACGUCAGCGGCUCCAUGGACGCUCCAUGCGUCGGAAGCACGACGAUCACUUGCAAACUCGCGGCAGCUGCAAUGAUGAUGGUUACCAUGAGAACAGAAGAACAUUGCGACAUCGUCGCGUUCUCGCACAGACUAGUUCCCGUGGACAUUAAGAAAACGGAUACGCUGCCAGAAGUCCUAAAGAAGACCGAAGCACUUCCGUUCGGAGGCACGGACUGCGCACUUCCGAUGAUUCACGCACAGGAACAGAAGAAAGAGUACGACGUUUUUAUCGUGUACACAGACAGUGAAACAUGGUUUGGCAAGAUUCAUCCGUCACGCGCCCUGCAGGAAUACCGGAAACAGAUGAACAACCCGGAGGCAAAGCUUAUCGUGGUCGGCAUGGCGUCCAAUGGGUUCUCCAUCGCUGAUCCGGAAGACUUUGGCAUGUUGGACAUAGUCGGGUUCGAUUCGGGAGCAACACAGACAAUCGCUAAGUUUGUUUUGGGGGAAUUAUAGACUAAUUGUACAAGAUCGAGACACUGGUAAAAAACAUAAAAACAUGUUGAGAAAUUUAAUUUUUCCAUUCUAUUUACUUUUUAAAAUAAUUUAUUGUGUUGUCAAUUGACCAGUUUCGAUUUUAUUGAAAACUAAAACCAAUUCAUAACGUCCAACUUAUUUUCUGCGCUCCUAAACUCUUGCGACCGCGUUUAUGCGAUGUAAAUGCACUAAGAAUCAUUUUCACUCAUUUAUAUAAUGUGAUUGAAAAUAACUAAGUGUUGACGACACGCACGUUUUUGUGUGGUAUAAAGUUGUUACUAGAUGCAUAUUUCGUGGGAUGGGUGAGUGUUUGGUCCGUGGGCAUAUGACAUAGAUGUUUGUUUAAUUGAUGGCCCGUGAACAGAGUACAAGCAGCUUAUUUCACGGCGUUCUUCCGUGCGCGCGCUUGUGCGUUCACCCUAUAUUCGGAUCCAGCAUGGAUGGAUUUUUAAAGCACGUGGCUAAAGUUUCAUGUACAUAAUUUGUCAACUUUGUUUACAUGAAGUAUCAUUCAUUCAUUUAUAAUAUCCGCUUCAUUCAAUGAACACACAGCCUUUAUUGCAUCUCACGCGCUCUCAUUCUGUACGUAAUUGUUGUUGUGUUACUAUUGUAUUUUUAUGAUCGGCGAUAUUGUGAUAAGGACGUAAAUAUUUGUAUGUUUUGAUGAUAAACGAAAAAAGCAAGAACUUAACAAAUAUAAUUAAUAUUUACCAGUUGUAUCCUAGACCAGAAAUUUAAAUAGUGUUACGUAGAACUAUUUAGAUCGUUUAAUUAAAUUAACAUAAUUUAUUAAAUGAUUACCAUGGACAGUUCACUUUCUUAUGCGUAGCAGGUAACAGUAUUUCCUACUUCCAAUUUAUAAUUUGCCAUAUACAUAAGUCAUUGCACUGUGGCAUGCUUCUGCUCUGUUACAAUCGUAGUGUCUCGUCAUGCAGCUUAUAUUCGAAUUAUACCCUGGGUGAAAUCAUUUUUUGCAUAAUAGUUAAUUGGGAAAAAGGGAAUAUCGUUUAAUUACAGUAUUUGAUAACGCGGUUUUUAUGACAUACGAUGUCACAAACAAUACUAAGAAUACUAAGAAUUCGAAUACGUGUUUUGAAAUUUUUAGGCUUUAAAAAGAUUUUCAGAUGAUGCCACGCAAUGACGAAAUGCUGAUAUGAUUAUUAUAACGGGAGUGUAAAGAGCAUUUUGAAAUAAUUAUGUUGUUAGGAAUGCAAUGUUUUUUUUUGCAAAUAUUUAUACGCUGUGGAGUGUAGGAUUUAAUUUCUAUCCAUCUUCCAUGACCGUGGAUGGUGUAGGCCGCUAAGAGGGCACAAUACACGCGAGUUGCAAAGAUUCACAAAUGUCUAGAAUCGAUUACGAUUUCAUAACAAUUUUGAGAUUGAAUAUUCUUGUUCGAUUGCAUUUUCUGUUUAGAUGAAGGUUCCUUAAAAAUGCCAUAAUAAGUUAAGCAGAAUCUACGCAAAACAUUAUUUUUAUCAAAUGAACAAAACAACCCGCUAAAGGAUGGUUUAGCAUCAAAAUUCACGUGGCAAUUUACAAUUGAUUGGAUACACGCUAUAUGGUGAUUUAGUAUCACAAUUCACAUUACAAUUUACGCACAGGCUAAUCAGUGACGACACUUUCCGCUCUUAUGGAAUUUCCCGUUUUAAGGAAGUCACUUGUAAUAAAAACUUCAGUUUGGGCGGAAAGUGUAAAUCUAGGACAACGUUUUACGCCUUUGCAUUAAGCCUAGUUUUCACAGAACGAAGCUCAUUGCUUCUUUGUUUCAAAAUAGGCCCUUGAUAAGCAUACUUAUUGUUUGAAACGUAUUUGGGAAAAAUAUAUAAAUGAAUUCAGAUGGCUUAAUUGUCUUUUUUAUUGAAUUUAUAUCGCAUAUUCUAGUUUAUUUCUGUAUAAGCUUCCGUCGUCUGGAAUUUGUAGUCAGCAAUGUAUUAAAACAACUUUUUGUGACACACAUUAUUUGAUUCGCUAAAACGUAAGAACCACAAAAACUUGCAUACAGUGAGUAACUUUCAUCAGAUGAUUUUAUUAUAAUUGUAUCGCUCCUGAGCGCAGUGUGUCAUGGCGAGCUUUGUGAUCUCCGUUCGCCCGUCGUACGGUGCGUACGGUGCGUCUACAUCGUCAGUAUUGACAUUGUUAACACUCGAGUGGCCAAAUGUAUCGUCUAAUCUUCAGUAUUCUGGGUUAUUUGUCCCAAUAAAUAUCGGCUGGGUUUGAAACUGGGUCACGUGAGAUCAAAAUCACGACCAGUAGGUCAAUUAAAAAACUUGUUUACACUUGCACACGAUUGUAUAAACGCUGUUCUAAGUCGCAUUUUUGUACAAUCUUCCUGAAACUUGGUCAGAAAAUUUCUUCUCAUCGUAUCUUAACCAAGUUUGGAAACGGUUGAACACUAUGAGUGGGGCAGUUUUUCUUGCAUGGAAAUAGUGGAGGCUUGUUAACACUCUAGAAGUCACAUUUAAUGCAAUGAAAUGUGGUGAACAUUUGUCAUAUUAGCUCGGACGAGUUUGUUACUGGUACAUGUGAAGACACCAAGUCAUAUUAAAGAAAAUGCUUGUUUUCACUCUAGAAGUCACAUUUCAAGUCAGACCUUAAUGAAUGUUUGUCAGAACAUUUGCCCUAAUGAUAUUUUAGUCGAUUUUGCAAAUACAAAUUAAAUAUGUUUGUUUCAUAAAGUAACUUUAUUAUUAUGGACUCACCUAAUCAGCAUAGUUUUGUUCCUUUUUGUGUGCGGUAAGCGCCGGAGGACCCAUGCAACUCUUGUUUAUUAUCAUGUUUUGUAUAAAUAUUACGCAUAUAAAGUGUGCCUUUUGUUAUUUUAUUGUUAUAACAUGAACAUUAACAACAAUAAUAUUGCCAUGGCGGUUGAUAUCUGUCGUAUUGAAAUAAUUUUAUAACCCGUCUCUUAGGUUGGCAGAGUUUUUUUUAGUAACAGUCCAUUGCAUGUACGCAAUAUACACUUAUAUAAUCGGUAUUGUUUAGUGUACACAGGGAAUGUAGUUAUGGAAUAGAACUGUAAAUGACACGCGUGGAAAUGAUCAUAUUGUAAAUAUAUACGUGUAUUUAAAGUACCUUUAGAUGUUACAGCAUUUCUCCUUCAAAUCUAGUUUGGAUUUACAUUUUAUCUGAAUUUAUUAAAGUGACUAAUAUGUAAACCAUGGCCGUUGACGUUAAUUAUUUAACAAAGUAAUUUUAGAUAACACGUUUUUGACUCUUUACUUGAUUGUUGUUCUUCUUUGGUGUGAUUUAUUCAAAUCAUAAAUAAUAAAUAAAUAAAAAAGU